CUCAUCAUCCGGUUCCAGUUCCGGGUUUUGAAAUGUUUGUAUUUGUAAACAUUUUAGGAUUUUUCUUGGGUUUAGCGUUGAUUUUAAGCGUAGUAUUAAUUGUAUAUUGUAGCUACAUAUAUACAUCGUCUCAAAUACAAUCAUGUUCCGACACCGCCGAUACACAGCUUCAUACUUGGUCACAUUCCAUUUAUGAUGAGACAUUACAAAAAUGGUGGCACAUAUCCUGAAUUUAUACUGAAAUGGGUGGAAGAGUAUGGACCCGUCUUAGUAUGUCAUGUCAUGCACAAAACCAUGGUGUUUACUGUUGACCAAGAAGCAGUUAAGGAACUGCUUGUCAAUGGGAAUCACCCGAAAUCUGAAUUUGUGUAUGGUCGGUUAUCAAAUCUUUUCGGAAACAGAUUUGUUGGUAAGGGGUUACUUACAGAAACUGACCAUGCUGUGUGGUCGGAAAGAAGGUCACUCUACAAUGCUGCUUUUCACAGGGGGUAUUUGAUGCAUUUAAUGCCAGUGUUCAACACAACAUCAGAUGUUCUUGUUGAAAAACUAAAGAGUGUUGCCGAUACAGGGAAUGUCAUCUCCAUGGCUUCGGAACUCUCCAAGGCAACACUCGAUAUCAUAGGCAAGGUUGCAUUUGACCUUGACAUCAACAGUCUUAGAGAUCUGAAACAGCCUUUCCCAAAAGCCAUGUUCACAGUUCUCACAGGGUUUGAUACAAAAGUUAAAAAUCUCUUUUCAGAGUAUAACCCUAAAUUCUGGGCAGCUGGUCUCGAAAUAGGUAGUGCUAUAAAGUUGUUACGCCAAUCAGCCAAAGAUUCACUUGACCACCGUACAGAGAUGUUGCGUAAUGAUGAGCCAGUUCCUAAUGAUAUCCUAACACAUAUGGCAAAAAUGGCAGAUAUGAUGCCUGCGCUUCACAAGGAGAAACUCAUAGACGACUAUGUUACAUUCUUUCUAGCAGGCCAUGACACAACAGCAAAUCUGAUGAGUUUCUUUUUGAUUGAGUUAGGACGUCAUCCUGAUAUUGCAGAUAAGUUAUACGCAGAAAUUGAUGACAUGGUUGGUAAAAAGGAGAGCAUCACAUAUACAGAAUUAAACCAACUUGAAUACCUCAAUAUGUGUUUGAAAGAAACACUACGUCUUUAUCCACCUGCAGCUGUAACAUUCAGGGAUACCAGAGAUGAAAUAAAGAUAUGCGGAUAUGACAUACCAAAAGGCACAAUUUGUGCAGUGAGUCCUUUUGCCUCUGCAAGACUUGAAGAAAACUUUCCUGAUCCACUGGACUUCAAUCCAGAAAGAUUUAGGCCAACUGCUCAAUUUAGACCAAAGAUCUAUGGUUACUUUCCCUUCUCAAUUGGCCCCAGAACAUGUAUAGGACAAACAUUUGCUCAGAUUGAAGCUAAGGUUGUGCUAGUGAAACUCUUACAAAACUUCACAUUCCAACUGGACUCUUCGCAAAAUUUUGGAUUGGCUGAGAGUACCACCCUCAAACCUCGGGGAGGGGCGAUGUGUAGUGUCAUACUUCGGUAGUCUACUACUCAGGCACAGUUGAAUCAGUUUGCCCUGAAUUCUACAAAUACUUAAUUUUGUUAUGAUUCUAAGUAUUUUUCCAUUUUGGUAAUGGAUCCCAAGAUGAGACUUUUCAGAUAUUUUUUAAUCAUAAUUUUUUCAUAAGUAGGCCUAAGGACUUACUUUGCAGCAAUACGAAUACAAUGCAGUAUAGUUACUAUUAAUAAUUAGUCAUUUUUGUGCCAUGACAUUGUUGUAUUUUAUAUUUUUAUAUUUCAUAUAGCUAAUUUUUAAUUGUCUGUAUUCUAUACCUGCAUCCUCCGAACGCAGGGUUCC